AUGCCGCGGCAGGGCUCAGCAGCGGAGACCUAUGUGGCAUACGGAAUGACCCAGAAGCUCUUCGAGGCCUGUUCCGUGCAGGCAGAUUACAGUAUCCCUCAAGUAUCGCAAAAGGGGGCUCAGGUGCCCAAGACUGCAGCUGGCGAGGACCUAGGUGUUGGGGCAGGGUGGUGGUACGAAGAUUUGGGUCUUCUUCCGACAUUUUCGACCUGGUCACAAGUAACAUUUCUUCACAUGUACCUGCUGACAGUCCGGUUGCGAGCUCUGCCAUCCCAUGAAAGCUUCCAGACAUAUUCAAGGCACUUGAUUGAUCAUUUUUCUCACAACGCUGAACACAGAAUGGAUGUGCUUCAUGGUUUAACCAGCCGUGCUAUUCGAAACAAGUUUCUUAAAGAUCUGUUCAUCCAGUGGCGGGGAGUCCUUGCGGCUUAUGACGAGGGUCUUGUGAAAGGAGAUGCAGUCCUAGGAGCGGCAGUUUGGAGAAACUUGUGGAAAGCAAGCUACACAGAACCAGAUGGAACAGAGUUGGAUUGGGCGAGAAUUGCUCGUGUUGUCUCGUAUAUGCGGCGAGUAACCUCGGAGCUUUCUCAAGUGACCGAAGCCGAUCUGAUAUUCCAGCUAAGUGAGCGGAAUAAAGAACAGCCUGGCAUAUUUGGCAACUCGGUCUCUGACAAAUCUAUGGUGGAUUCGAGGCGAUAG